AUGACUGCGGCUGGCGACAUUGUGCCGAACAGCGUGAGCGGUAGCACGACGAAGGGCGCGGGUGACAGCACGCCAAACGACGAAUGGGACACCACGUCGAACGGUGCAGAAAAAAGCACGGUGGACGGCGCAGAAACCGGCACGCCGAACGGCGAGGGCGACAGCACGCCAAUUGGUGUCGAGCCACCGAUGAACAAAAUCAACGACGAUCAGGAUCAGAACAGCUCGGUUACCAUCCAUCAAGCUCUUACGGCUACCUUUGACCGAGAGCAGCCGCAGGAUUCGGGAGGGGCCAAAGACGAUACCCGUCUUGCAAUCAUCCCGUGUCUAGAGGACGUGGACGAUGCCCAAGAAGCGUAA